ACUCUUACAAGGGCAUCGUCCGGCUCUGGGGUCCGCCCAUUCUACCAUUCCUUUCUUUUUCGUAAUUCUCAACGCAGCAGUAUAUCAUAUAAAGUACAGAGCACGGAAACAUGGAGGAAACUUUAAAGAGUGUGUUAGAGUUCGAGGUGAAGGGAGUGUUGGCGGCUCCCGUAACGCCUAUGACGGAGAACUGGGAAAUCAAUUUGGAUGCUGUAAAGGUAUUAGCAGAGAAGAUUGCUGAUGAUGGUAUGACGGGAGUGUUCAUUAGCGGUACGCUGGGUGAAGGUAUCGCUAUGACGUUAGAAGAAAGAAAGCGUGUUACUGAAGCUUGGGUUGCUGCAGCUAAAGGGAGACUUCAGUACGUGGUGGCUCACAUCGGAGCUGGGAACAUGCACGACAGUAUUGAGUUGGCGAAACACGCGGAGAAGGCCGGUGUCUGUGCUAUAUCAUGUGUGUGUCCUACAUACUUCAAGGCUACUUCAGUUGAGGGGCUGAUACUUUACAUGAAACACGUGGCGGCGGCCGUGCCCACUUUACCAUUUUACCUGUAUGAGAUUAACCAAGUUACUGGAAACGUGGUGGACAUCGAAAAGUUCUUCGCCCAGGUCAAAUCGCAAAUUCCAACUCUCCGCGGCAUGAAAUAUUCCAACCUGUAUGUGCCGGCUGGUUAUAAUGUAGCUCAGAUGGAGAACGGCAGAUUCCAGGUCAUGACUGGUACUGACGAGCAAAUGCUUGCAACUGCCUCCUUGGGCCUCACCGUGAACAUCGUGAAUGCACAUGUGGGUUACUUCUCCGUAAAGCUCUUAAAAGCCGUCCAGGAGGGGAACUUAAAGGAAGCUCAGAAGCAACAGGUAAGGCUCCAGAAAUUACGUAACCUGUUGUUUUCUAGAGGUCCUGAUAUUGGAGUGGCUAAGGCGCUGGGCUCUGUCGCGUUUGGGAUUGAGCUGGGCCCAGCUCGACCCCCUGCUGUACCCCUGACUAAGGAAACACGGGAAGAGCUGAGGCGAGAGCUUAAGGCACUAGGAUAUUUUGACUGGAAGAAGGAAUAGCGCAUAGCGGGAGAUAGCAGAGGGUCGGACAAACACUGGAUAGUAUUGUCCACUUAUACAAAGCGAUAAUUUGCGUGUUGUUAUUGAAACCGGAUAGAGGACAAAUCAUUCACAACUAACGAAACUGUUUCAAAAACACAAAGCACGACAAUGAAUGAUUAACACGCCAUUUCCAGAGCGCCACGUAUCAAAUAAAUGUCCAAUAAAGGGACAUAUCGAUAAAUAUUGGGGGGGGGGGGGGAUUGUUUUUGACUGUUUUAUAUUGUUCUUGGCUGUUUAAAACUGUGAAGGUAUUCCACGACAAAUAAAAAUUGUU